AAUCUCUGUAAACACUGCUUUCAAUAGAAAAAUUCACAAGAAAAAUAUAAAACUAUGAAUUCUAUACAAGAGGAAAUUCCCACACAAACAGAAGUCGGUCUUCACCUUGGUUUACCAUUAGCAAAAACACUAUUUGCUUAUGAUCAUCAGGAAUCCAAAAAAUUGUUAGGAUUAAUACCACCACUAAAACAUGUAUCCGGAGAUUUCUGGAUUUCACCGUGUGCACAAAUAAGCAAAAAAGUUUUAAGCUUACCACAAAAUAAUAAUAUAAUUAAAGAAUGUACACAUUUAGGAAUACUUGCCUUAGGACAAGAUCUGCUAAAUAAAUGGAAAGCAGAAAUUGAAGCAAAUAUGAGGAAAGAAUGUAGAAAGCAGUUACUCGAUCAAAAAUAUUUAUGCGAAGCUGAAAAGCGUCAAGCGAUUAAAAUCAAUACACAAAAGGUCCACAUGAUGUGGCAAAAAUAUAUUAAUACUAUAGAAUGUAAUAUGCAGAAAGAAUUACAGACUGAACUUGCAAAAGUUAUUCUUAAAUGCAAUAAAGAAAUACAGAAAGCAGUGGUACAACAACGUAUAGAUAUGACACAACAUAUGUUAAGUAAAAUACGUAAUGAAAUGUCUUAUAUGGUAGCAGAUCUUUAUGAAGAAUUUGAGCAAACUCGCAGAUCACAUAUAGAAAAUAUAAUAGCAGAUUUUAAUGAGAUAUUAAGGAAGGAACAUAUAAAAAACAAUAAAAAAAUAGAAAAACUGAGAAAAGAAAAAACGGAAUCAUUAUAUGUUCAAAAAAUAAGACUUGAGACAAAGAAUAUGGCUAAUAUUAUAUAUAUGCUUUGCCUUGAAAGAUUACAUUCUAAUCUAGAAAAACAACAAAUACAGAAUCACUUCCAGGACAAACUCUGUAAUUUGCAAGACAUUAUUUUGGAUUUAAAGAAAAUAUUAAAUACGACCGAAGAAAUUGCUGAAAGAUAUCAAAACGAUAAUGAAUUAUUAAAAGAGAAAUUUGAUAAGAUUAAUCAAGAAUUUCAUAAGUUUGUCACUUUUGUAUUUAACUCUGUACCAAAGCAAGCCGAGUUUGCAUUACCUUCAGAAUCUAUUUAUUCACAACAAAUGGAUCAGACUUCAAAUGAAAAAUUAGAUAAAUAUGAUAAAAUUUGUCAGUAUGUACUUGUAGAAAAACAAGAUUGAUUGUUAU